AUGGCACACAGAGUCAGCGGCGACGACGACCUGAGGGAGCGCCUCUACGAGCGGCGGCUUCGCAGCUUCAUGAGUCAGCGCGGGCUCCAGCGGAGCGAGGCUCAGCGGCGCGUUGUUCAUCUGGAGUCGGCGCUCUUCCAAGGCGAGGCCGAGGGACAGCAGGAGAAGGAGCGGCCGCCAGCUUGGCUGCGGGACGCGACUGCUGCCAUCGACAACAGCCUUCCGUCACCGGCUCCGGAGGUUGUCGCCGCCCUCGAGGAGAGGCUCGCAGAGGCGGAGCGGCAGGCGUCGCAGGCUCGCUCCCGCAUGGCGCAGCAGCGGCAGCUUCUCGAGCGGCAGCGCGCGGCGCACGCGGAUCAGGUCGACGCUCUCGCCACCGCCGCCGAAGCGCGCGAAGUGGAGCAUCGGCGAGAGCUUCGGCGGGCAGAGGCGGCACUCGAGGAGCAGCAACAGCAAGAGAGGCAGGUGGUCGCCGUGCUCCGCUCGCAGAUCGAGGCGGCGCACGAGUGGCAUGCACGGCUGGCGGAGGCGCAGACAGAGGAGGCGGCGCGGCUGGCGGCCGCAUCGGAGACGGAAGGGGAGGAGCUCAGGGUGGAGCUGCUGCGGGAAGAGCUGGCCACAAUCGAGCGUGAGCGCUCGACGAGUGAGGCGGCGGCGCGGGAGGGGAAGCGGCAUCACGAGGCGGCGGAGGACGAGGCAGAGGCGCGAGUAGCGCGGGCGGAGGCGGAGGCGGAGGCGGCGAGGGAGCGGACAGCGCGGGCAGAGGCGAAGGCGGAGGCGGCGGCGGCGCGGACAGCGCGGGCAGAGGCGGAGGCGGCCGAGGCGAAGGGGCGGACGGUACAGGCAGAGGCGAAGGCGGCCGAGGCGGAGGCGAGAGCGGUGCUGGCGGAGGCGGCUGCCGAGGCGGCGAGAGAGCGGGCGGCGAGGGCGGCUAGGGCCGAGGCGGCAGCCGAGGCGAUGGCCGAGGCGGCUGUGGCACGCGUGACGCAGGCCGCGGCGGCCGAAGCCGCGGCGAGUCGGGAGGCGCUUGCUGUCCCCGCGCUGCGGCAAGCCGCUGCCGUCGCGACGAGGCGGCUCGAAAGCGACAACAUCUCGCUGAGCAACAACGCCGUCAACCAGUUGGCCUCGAUGGCUAAGGAGGCCGUCAACCAAUUGGCCUUGAUGGCUAAGGAGGCGGGCGCUGUGGCGACCUCGUUGGGUAGUGAAUUGGCCUCGGUGGCUAAGGUAGCGAUCGACGCCAACCGCGAGAUUGGCGCCAACCGCGAGACUUACAAAGACCUCGAGCAGAUCCUGGACCUCGAGGUGACGUUCGAGGCGGAGCAGUCCGGCCGGCAAGCACUCGCGGAGGAGCACGCAUUCGCAGUCCACAGGCAACUCCGCGAGGCGCGGUCCGGCUGGGCCCUUGCCAAGAUGCAGCUCGUGCUGGGCGCCACAGCGUGCGCGCGCAAGCAAUCCGCCUUGGCCCGCUGGGCGCGCAGAGCCUGCGGCCUAAAGGUAGCCACGCUCAGGCGGCGCGCGGCGGCGGCCGCUGCCGACGCGGCUGACCUGCGGGGGUGUAUCAGGCAGGCGACGCAGCUGUUUGAAGAAUGA